CUUUACUCCAGAAAUGGCGGAUGUUGUGCCGUCUGCGGCACGUGGAUCCACCCUAUUUCAGGACUCGGUUGCUGGACCAUGCGAAUCUCUGCCCAAAGAGGUGACGGAACUUGCCGAGAAAUAUCAGUUCUCAAUUAAUCACGACCGAAGUAUACAAAAAGAGGUGAUUGAACUGAAGAAAUUUAUCCGCACAGCUGUCAAGAAGCAAAUGAAAAUCAAAGCUGGAUAUGUGCAGAUGCAGAAAGCCACCAAUGCCAAGAAGCAGGCCGAUAAUCUGAAAAGAGAGGUGCGUGACCUAAGUGAUCAAAUAAGUGACAUGCAAGAAGAUCUCCAGAUACUAGACGUGUACGAUACGGGUGCCUUUGAUGAUGACGAAUCCCGAGAUGAUCCCAUUGGGGGGAGAAGUAUUGAUUUGUCAAAUGAAGUUGAAGUUACUGGAGGUGGUCACCAUGUGCUGGAGAAUGCACGACUCUCGGCACUUCAGAAAGAUCUCGAGAAGGAAAUGAAAGUGAAAGACGGGCUAGAAAAGUUUAUGUCGUCAAAUACGUCCGCCAGCAAGAGAUAUCUCGAAGAUUCUAAAAAUAUGCUUGACGACAGUAAAGCGAAAAUUGCUUUACUACGUAUGCAGAUAGAGAAAAUCGCUCAUCAAGAGCAUGACGUCAAUUUGAACAGCGAAGGAAAGGAAGCCAAGUCUAGAUUGGAUAUUGUAAUUGAUGACCUCCUUUUUCGACUGUGGAAAGAAGCUGCGAUUAUAGAAGGGGCGAAGAACAUGAUAAAAAUUUUGCGUGCACAGAGAAAGACGGAUCACAAAGGCCUCAAUGACGCCCAACAAACUCUCAUACUUGCCGAAGAAAAAGUUGAAUUACUUCUCAUGGCUUUGAAGAAAUACAUAGACCAGCUUCCUCCUGACUCUGCUCGGCGUAAAGAACUCUUGAAUGAAAUGGAGGAGACGCGUAUGCCUUCAUCUUCUCCUCAAGCAAGGCAUGCUGAUCGGCGUUUUAGUCCUCCUGGAUCAGCCCCAAGCAGUCCUCCCAGUGAAACUUCGAAAGCUGCCAGUUUGCCUCGUAACGUUUACAGUCGGCGACUUAGCACGCUGCCACCUUCACUUGCUGUCAGUGGUAGAUUGGAGAUACGGUUAAUAGGAUGUCAAAACUUAGUCAGCGAAAUUCCUGGACGCAUUCCUCGCGCAGAAGCUUUGGGUGCAACAGCUUCAAGUUGUCUCACUAUCGAAAGUACAAGUCGUGGAAAAAUGAGGACUUCAUCCACGCGCACACACGGCGUGGUGAUGCGACAAUCCGACGAAGUGCUCGCGUUGUUACGAGUGGAUAGUCGGAUUGUUGGACUUACUGAGACUCGCCCGUUGAGCCAGCAAGCCUGGGAUCAACGGUUCAGUGUUGACCUGGAUAGGUCCAAAGAGUUGGAAAUCGAAGUCUUCUAUCGAGACUCUCGAUCUAUGUGUGCCUUCACAGUAGUGAAAUUGGGUAAUUUUGUGGAGCCUACUGGACAGGCUGGUAUGGUACUACAUAUGGAGCCACAAGGAGAUCUGUUUGCCGAGUUCAAGUAUCUGAAUCCAGUAAUAAGUCGAAAGCCCAAGCUGGAAAGGCAGAAAAGAUUGUUCAAAGUAAAAGAGCGGAAAGACAUGGCCGGUGCCAAAAAGCAGCUUGGUGUCCAUGCAUUAUCUCGGAUGCUCAGAGGUCGCGAGAAUGAGCCAGUUGUUGAUUACGGUGUUGGUACCCAGACAGUGCACGGUUUACCUUUCAAAUCUUCGUUAUUGCCGAAGGAACUUGUUAAGGAACGUCCUGGAAGCUACAUAGAUCUCUCCAAUAGGUUUUCCCAAGCAGCAUCACUACUACCCCCUGAAACUUCAAGAAAUGCGCAAGCGCAGAAUGAGAAUGCCGUAUUAUCGGAACGUCGCCGGAAAUCUAUCCCAGCAAUUCCCAGUCAUGCAGACACUGCAUCCGCACAGUCGUCUACGAUCACAAAACCAAAACCUCCCGUAGUCACACCUCCUGCGAUAUCAAAGGGUACAAAUUUAAAUAUCGAUAUGUUCCGUAUGGUUAGCGUACUAGGAAGAGGUCAUUUCGGAAAAGUCAUCCUUGCUCAAUACAAGCCGACUUCAACGUAUUAUGCCCUUAAAAUUUUGAAGAAAGGUGACAUUCUUGGACGAGACGAAGUUGAGUCGCUUAUGGUGGAAAAACGAAUUUUUGAGGUGGCAACUCACUCUCGGCAUCCAUUCCUUGUCAAUUCUUUUGGAUGCUUCCAGUCUCCCGAACACGUUUUCUUUGUCAUGGAAUACAGCAUGGGUGGUGAUCUGAUGCGACACAUCCACGACGACAUUUUCAGCGAAGAAAGAAGUUGCUUUUAUGCUGCUUGCGUACUGCUCGGUCUCGAAUUCCUUCAUAAGAACAACAUCAUAUACAGGGACCUGAAGUUGGAUAACUUGCUGUUGGACAAUGAUGGAUUUGUGAAACUAGCAGACUUCGGCCUUUGCAAGGAAGGCAUGGGACCAACAGAUAAAACAAGCACAUUUUGUGGGACGCCAGAAUUUCUUGCGCCCGAAGUGUUGACAGAGUCAUCAUACACACGAGCUAUUGAUUGGUGGGGUCUUGGCGUUUUAAUUUUCGAGAUGCUGGUGGGAGAGCCUCCAUUCAGCGGUGAUGACGAAGAAGAAAUUUUUGACAGCAUUGUGAACGAUGAAGUUCGAUAUCCACGAUUCUUGUCCAUCGAGAGUAUCUCCAUAAUGCGUCGACUCAUGAGAAAAAAUCCUGAGAAACGACUAGGAGCCGGUGAGAAGGAUGCUGAAGAAGUCAAGGAUCAACGGUUCUUCAAGCACAUAGACUGGGCAUGGGACCGUCUUCUUCGGAAGGAGAUAAAGCCGCAGUUCUUACCACAAAUAAAAAAUCCGGAAGAUGUCUCUAACUUUGACGACGAGUUUACCAAGGAGAAACCCCGUUUCUCAUCUGCGAAGGAUAAACAUAUCAUAACUGAGGCGGAUCAACAACUAUUUGCCAACUUUGAUUUUUCUUUGAUUGAUUAACAGAACUUUAUUUAUGGUUCUGAUAUACAAGCUAUCAUGUUCAGUCUCAUCCAGGUCAUAUUUUCCCAUUGAUGGAGGUGAUUGACGGUGCAGGGAGAUCUUGGGCCUUCGCAGAAAUUUUCUUCGGUGAUCUUACCUUUUUAUGUUUUCUGCGAAAAUUCCCUUUGCGUAUCAUGAUAAGCCAGUCAUUACUUCAUAGCCGAUGAAACGUGUACUAUUCAAGUGGUAACUAGCGUAUAAAGCUGCGGAGUAUGUGUGUCAAGUUGAUUUGUCAAAGAUGCUGAGUGUUGGCUUGGCAAGACCAUCUGCGCUAACGUUAGUUUUCAC